AUGGGAUUUAGAGGAGCUGGAGUAUCUAGAGCCGACAAAGCCUCACUCUUACGACCUUCUGCUAGUGGGAUCUGUUAUCGAGCACGUUCUGCUGGACACGUCCUAGAAGAUAUACAGUUGGUCACGCAAGUCGGAGUGUUGGGUUUGUCAUCAAUAUUGGUUCCUGACUAUAACUGGAUCAUGAUUGGGGCCUUUGACAGAACUGGGGAAUUUCGAGCAUGUACUCAAUCACUUCAUGAUCGACUGCUUUCUGGUCGUCUACGCCUCAAGCCCCCUCACCCUAAGUACUUGCACUCACUUAAUAAUACUUACACUGCUAAUCUCAUAGCUAAGUCGAAGCAAAUGUCUGAGGAACUGAAAAUGACUGUUUCAAAGAUGACUAAAUUGAAAAUUUUGUUUCAGGAACCAUCACAUUCAUCCCCUGAAGUCCUUAGUAAACUGAUUGAAAUAAUACAAUAUGAUAUAAUGGAUUUAAACAAGACUAAACUUCAAUUAAAAGCCAGUGUAUCCGAAGUUAAAGAGCAUUCAACUGCUGGUGUUCAGCACCUAAAACACAUAGAUCUUAUUGUUAUCGGACUAGAAUAUCAUCUCUCGUUUCUUGUCUCUGAGUUUCGUGUUGUAUUGGAGGAACAUAAAACUUCUCUUUCGGUGGACUCUAGAAAGUCAGACGCUAAUAUUCAGAUGAAUAAUGAUCUAAAUCCAUUGACAGAAUAUGCUUCAUACUCAAGGAUUAUGAAAACUAAUAAACCCUCUCCAAUCAACCCUACUUCAGACAAUUCUAUUCCGAACACCCACCCUAUAAAUGACCAGUUACAAGGAAAGCAGAAUCAACAAUAUUCAACACCUGUACCUAACUCAUAUUCAACUUCAAGCUUACCAUCUGUAAUGCCCAUCUCAAAAUUAAGUGGCACUCCUAUAGUUAAUCGAUCUGAGGUUUAUAAUUCAUCUCAGGCGGAAACAACUAGUCGAACACCGGAACAACUUCAAAUAUUCGCUAGUAAUCCGCAUGUUUCUCUUAUUGACCAGGAAGUUCGUCAACGUGAUGCUGCAAUUCGACGAGUGGAAUCAACUAUUGUUCAACUUGGAGAGAUUUACCAACAAUUUUCUACUUUAGUGCAAGAACAAAAUGAUUUAGUUUUACGAAUAGAUAGUCAAACAGAUAAUGUGGAAAUGAAUAUCAGUGAGGCUCAUGAACAAUUACUAGUGUUUAUGCGGCGAAUAUCUGCACAAAGAGGAUUAUUAAUUAAAGCUUUCAUAACUCUUAUUUUAUGUUUUGUAGUAUUUGCAUGGAUAGUGAAAUAAAUUUGCUCAGUAUUUUUGAAAACUAUAUCAAUCCAGUCUUUCAAUAGUAUUGAUUUAUUAAAUUGUUGAGUGUUUUAUCUUCCUAAUUUACUUCUAAUUGACUAACAAAAUCUGUUAUUACUUCUCCAUGUUUUUAUCUCUUUUGUUACGCG